UUUCAGCAAAUUCGCCAGAGUUCCAAGGAUAGUACUGGCUCUUCCGAUACGGAUAGCUCGAGUGAUGAUGAGUCUAUUCCAAAUGUGGCGCCCAAUCCUCCAGUUGGCACUGAUCCAACAGCAGAAAAACCACAAAAGGAAACUGAAGCGGCCGCUGAACUUUCAGCGCUAGUUAAUUAUGUGGAACCGGUACAUUUCUAUACUUUCGAAAAUGCGGAAAAAAAAAAUCGGUGCUACGAGAUGUCUUCAUUUGAUGAAAAACAAGCUACAGCUCUGCUCAAAGAACGACCGAUUGAAUUUGUCAACUAUAAUAAACACCAGCUUUCCCGAGUUUAUCCAACCGGUACCCGUUUCGAUAGUUCUAACUUUAUGCCACAGCUUUUCUGGAAUGCUGGCUGCCAGUUAGUUGCUCUCAACUAUCAAACUUUAGAUUUAGCUAUGCAAUUAAAUCUGGGCAUCUUCGAAUACAAUGAUCGAUCAGGGUAUUUGUUGAAGCCGGAGUUUAUGCGACGCACCGAUCGUCGAUUGGACCCUUUUGCGGAGAGCACGGUUGAUGGUAUCAUAGCAGGAACUGUGUCCAUAAUGGUGUUGUCUGGACAAUUUUUAACUGAUAAACGUGUGGGUACUUACGUUGAAGUGGAUAUGUUCGGGUUGCCGGCAGAUACUGUGAGAAAGCGAUUUCGGACGCGGAUCGUGCGAGAUAAUGGUCUCAAUCCAGUUUAUGGCGAGGAGCCGUUUGUUUUCAAAAAGGUAAUCAAGCCCACUUAUUUUUGCCAAGUUUGAGUCUCCUUUAGAUUAUAUUUAAACAUAUAGUAACGGUGAGUAUCCGUCCUUUGCUUGUAAG